UGAAUAAAUAGUGAUGGCGUUUGUUCCAAACAUCAUUCUUACUCCCUGCUCUCCACUGGCGGAACCAUGCUCGCCUUUAGCACUGCAGUCUUGCUGGCAGCCACCUGUCUGUUUGCAAGAGCAGGUGGCUCUGCUUACACAGUUACCACCUGUGAAGGUAACAACGUCCAUCGCCUGAGCUGUGAGUCUGGAGUGAUCUCUGUUCAGUCGGCACUGUAUGGACGAGCAGACACUCAGACCUGCAGUGAGGGAAAACCUCCAGGACAGAUAUCUAACACCGAUUGCUCUAAGAGAGAAGCUGAGGAUGUCCUCAAGAGAAGGUGUGAUGGAAAAAAGGAGUGUGAAUUAAGCUCAAAUGACCUCAGUGUACCAGAUCCAUGCGUGGGCACUUUUAAAUACCUGCAGACCAACUAUAUCUGCCUUCCAGCAAUUCAUCAGGAGACAUGUGAGCACUCCUAUGCACACCUGGAGUGUGAUGCCGGGCAAGCUAUAUCUAUCCUCAGUGCUGACUAUGGGCGUAGAGACCAGACCACAUGUUCAUAUAGACGGCCUGUUGCUCAAAUUACAAAUGUCUACUGCUCACAUCCCACCAGCAAAGUUGCUGAUAGCUGUAAUGGGAGAAACAGCUGUACAAUUAAAGCCAGCAACUCAGUGUUUGGAGACCCCUGUGUGGGUACUUACAAGUACCUGGAGGUGGCUUACGUGUGUGAAUAUCCUGUGUGUUGCACAAGGUCAAGCUAUUGCUUAACAAGGAAGCAACAACAGCAUAAAUUCAGGUGCCUACAAAGUAAAGUCACAGUCAGUCCUGCUGCUCUCACUAGACUGGAUCUUCAAAAAAACAUGCACCGCUUCAGACUCCGUGACCCACUCUUGCUGGCAGCCAUAGGUGUGCUUGUGGCAUCAGUUGUCUCCGUAGAGAGAGAUAUCACCUGUGAUGAUGCCCAGAGUGUCCAGCACCUUAGCUGUGAACAUGGAGUGAUCAGUGUGACAGCUGCAUUGUAUGGGCGUGCAAACACUCGCACCUGCAGUGCAGGCAGACCUCAAGAACAGCUCCAAAACACAAACUGCGCUCAGGAAGGCACCAUGGAAAUCCUCAAGACAAGGUGUGAUGGCAAGAAGGUUUGUGAGCUAAACACCAGAAUAGUCCGCACUUCUGAUCCCUGCCCUGGCAUCUUCAAAUACCUGGAGACCAACUACACCUGCCUCCCAGCAUUGCGUGUUACAACGUGUGAGCACGCUUAUGCACACUUGACUUGUGAUGUUGGGCAGGUUAUCUAUGUCUAUGGUGCUGACUAUGGACGCCGUGACCGCACCACAUGCUCUUAUCAAAGACCUGAGUCUCAGCUCCAAGACACAACCUGCACAGAACCCACUACAGUAGUGGCUGAGAGAUGCAAUGGGCAGAACAGCUGUGUGGUUAAAGCCAGCAACUCGGUGUUUGGAGACCCCUGUAGGGGUACUUACAAGUACCUGGAGGUGGCUUACGUUUGUGAAUAUCCCAUAGGCUAUCCAAAAGGAUACGAAGACAUGCUGAAAUAAAACAAGCAUCUGAUA